AUGACAGACACCGAGAAGACGGACCACCUGAUGGGCCAGCUGCUCAGUGAGCUGGCCAUUGAUGAGUCAUACGCCAAGGACGGGGCAGCCAUUGAUGCUGAGAUUGAACGGCGACUGGCGCUGCUGAGAGAGGGACAAGCAGGAACUGGGGCAAAUGUACAACAAGCACAACAUCUGAACCAGCCACUAACGUCGUACAGCAGCAAACCAAAGGGAAGUCGGGAGUUGAUCGAGGAGAUACUCAACUCACCGGACAUGAAAAUGAGCAGCCUCAGCGAUCUGGAUGAUUCGGAGGAAGACAAAGCUGAUGACAACGACGAUGACUACGAUGAGACGUUGGACUGGUGCACUACCUGCAACGAAGACGGCACCCUCCGCUGUCUGGACUGUGAUGAGGACGUCUACUGUCGGGAGUGCUUCGCUGAGCUGCACACCGACUCGGACAUGCGUCGCCACCGAACUGUUCCCCAUCAACGGCGAAGUAGUGGUGGUGGUGGUAAGCAGGCAAAGAAGCAGGUUAAGAAGGAUAAGAAAAAGAAAUCUUAA